ACUCUGAUCAUCCCUCCCAAAUCGGCCCUUUCAGACAGUAAACUUCCAAAACACCGCCAAUAUGUUCAACUUCGUCGUUGCAGCUCUCCUUCAGCUCUCCUUCUUCAUGCUUGCCGAGGCAGCUCCUGUCUCGGCUAUGAGCGCGAAGCCAUGGCAAGCAGGUACCGGUGGCGGUAUCGUUGGAUUCAUCGUCCUGGUUCUCGACAUCAUUGCUUGGAUUGAGAUCUUCAAGUCGAACCGCCCCGUCCCCAACAAGGUCCUCUGGGCUCUUGUUGUCUUCCUUUUCCCCGUUGUCGGCAUGCUCAUCUAUUACCUCUUCUCCAACCGCCAGGCUCACAACACCUAUGAGCCAAUCCCCAACGUCUAAGCCGAUAACAACCGGUGAGCUCAUCGAGCGGCUAGUGAUUAGGGGAAUCGUCGGGAAGAUCGUCAACUCUUGAUAUGAUAACGUCGAUCUGGAAAUGGGAGCUGCUUCCGAAUUAAACCAGAGUUGCGAUCACGCACUUUCUGAUUGAUGCAGGAGAAGCGGUUGAUCCGUUUGGUAGGCGGGUAGUCGUUUAAAUGUCCAUGUCAUUUUGAUACCACGAAUAUUUUCUCUCGUCAAUAUAAAGAAUACUUCUUCUCGAC